AUGGACCGGUACCAGAGAGUGGAGAAGCCGAGGGAGGAGGCGCCCAUCAAGGAAAACGAGAUCCGCAUCACCACGCAGGGGAGGAUGCGCAACUACAUCACCUACGUCACCGCCUUGCUACAGGACAAAGGUUCCGAUGAGGUUGUAUUCAAGGCCAUGGGAAGGGCAAUCAAUAAAACUGUCAUGAUUGCGGAAUUGAUCAAGAGGAGGAUUGUUGGUCUCCAUCAGAAUACCACCACUGGAUCUACUGAUAUUACUGAUAUGUGGGAGCCAUUGGAGGAAGGCCUACUUCCGCUUGAGACAACAAGACAUGUCUCUAUGAUCACUAUAACUCUUUCAAAGAAGGAGCUGGACACUUCGUCUAUCGGAUAUCAAUCUCCUUUGCCUGCUGAUGAAGUGAAGCCUUUGGUUGAAUAUGAUAAUGAUAAAGAUGCACACUCACCCGGUGGCCGAGGAAGGGGCCGUGGUGGUCGAGGCCGUGGGUGGGGCAGGGGAAGGGGAAGAGGUGGAAGUGGAAAUGGGUACAAUGACUAUGCUGAUGGUGGUUGGGAAGAUGAUCACACCCCUGCAUAUAUGGGCAAUGGAUAUCCCCGUGGAAGAGGUCGCGGUUUCAGGGGCCGUGGCAGGAGAGGCGGCUACAAUGGCCAGCCUGAUUACCAACAGGAUGGAGGCUAUUACGAGGAGGCACCUGUUCAUGCUCCGGCCCGAGGUCGAGGCCGUGGUCGUGGGAGAGGCCCAUCCAGAGGUAGAGGACGUGGUGGCAAUGCAAACGGCGUGAUUCAUGCUGCUGCGGCUGGUGCAUAA